AUGAGUGUUCAUUCGUUCGAUCACGCAACGUUUGCGAGCUCGCCGUCCCCAAGGUCUGGAGCCGUACCCGAUAACCUACCAGAUAUCGAGGCUCAUCCGCGGCCACUACACCAAACAGCAUCCCCCACCAACUGGGAACCUGCGUCGCCAGAUUCACACACUAUUCCUCCAAGGCCAAACUCGCAGGAGACGGUCAGAUACCGUGCACGUCGUGCAAAUACUGCCCGCUCAUACCGUCCGGACACUGUCGCCCAUGACCCAAACUGGCAACCCGGAACGGAGCCCGGUAUCGAUCCUACCAGGCCUCUGCCAGCGUACAACGCAGAAUGGAUGACCUCAAUAGCAACGAGCUUACACCGCCGUUGCGAGAUAACUGUAGUGGACUUUUCUCAGAACGAAAUGCGCCAGUACGCACUUGACAAUGACACAAUAGAGCAGUUCAUGUCCAGGGAAAGGGAACCCUGGGUCCAAUGCAGAUGGAUUAACGUCAACGGCCUUAGUUGGGACGUUAUUAGAGUCCUGGGAAACAAAAAAGGACUCCACAGGCUGGCCCUCGAAGAUUUGAUCAACGAAACAAACCGCACCAAAGUGGACUGGUACUCGGAUCACGCUUAUAUCGUCCUUACGUUACAGAAACUAAUCAAUAUGCGACAAGAUGCUAGCGACUCGGAAGACGAGGAUGUGGACGGCAGUGUGAUCUCGAGGCCUGAGCGAAGGAGUUCGGUGAUUAGUAGCAGAUCUGUGUCUCUGAAGAAACCGACCAGGCGCCGUGUAAUCCAAGCAGCAUUGAAAGAUAUCUUCUGGACCAGAUUUCGAAAGUCCAAAUCAGACAACCGGGACACUGAUGGGGCUGGAGCUGGAUCUCGACCUGGAAUGAAUGGUUCUAACAAGGCGCCAAGGUUUGGCGACAUCGCUGAUGUUCCAGGUACAGCGCGCAGUAUUCAGCGGUACCGCGGCGGUCCAAACGAAGACCGCAUUGCCUUCAUGGAGCGUCAUGCCGUAUUAGCACCUAAGGGUCUGGCAGUAACUCUUGAGCAAGUUUCAAUCUUCCUCCACGCCGACAACACGGUGAUUUCCUUCUUCGAAGCAAGCGCGGAUGAGAUAGAGGCUCCCAUAUCGAGACGUCUCGCGCAAUCCGAGACGAUUCUGCGCCAAUCAUGCGAUGCUAGCAUGCUCGUACAAGCCAUUCUAGACGCCAUUAUUGAUCUAGCUAUACCGGUGACCACGGCUUACCAGGACGCAAUUGGUGACUUGGAGCUUGAAGUUUUGACGGACCCAGACGUGGACCAAUCCAAGAGCCUUUAUAUCCUGACAUCUGAGAUUGCGAUACUUCGCAGCGCUAUGCAACCAAUUGCGACGAUCAUCAAUGCUCUCCGUGAUCAUCGUUCCGAGCCCGUCAGCACCCCUGGCUUCGGGAUACUUAGGCCCCCCGGAAUUGCGACACCCGCUUCUACCGGUCCAGGGCAAAUAGGGAUUGCUACGCCGAAUCUCAUGAGUAUCGGAGGAACGAGCGUGUCGAUAAGUAACAUGUGCCACACAUAUUUAGGAGAUGCACUGGAUCAUUGCAUCACCAUCGUCGAGGGGUACGACCAGAUGAGGCGCGCUGCAGACAACAUGAUCGAUUUGAUUUUCAAUACUAUUGGUGAGUGUACCAACCUCGGUCACGGACCUGUGUGGCUGACUGUAGGUUACUUUGGCAUGAACUUCGAGCGGUUCACAGGGGUCACUAACCAUAGCGAUGCGUGA